AUGAUAAAAUCUGCAAUUUACGAAGUCAUCAAGAAUUAUGUUAAAACGACAACACUGCACGGCUUCAAGUAUUUAUACUCAGCGUAUUACUUAGACCGAGUCGUCUGGAUACUCUGCUGUGGAGCAAGCGCUUGCUGUGCAGGUGUACUCUGCGCAGUUCUGUGGUCACGCUUCUUAGAAGUACCAGCAUUAUUGACGCUUUCGGACAACAUCAACGAUGGUGAAGUCAUGGCGGACAAAAUACCAGCCAUUAUCGUAUGUCCAACAACCGAAAAUGUGGCUGCCAUGUAUUUAGAAAAAUUCUCUUUUGAAAAUGAAACUGAAAAUCAAAGAAUACCGAGAAUACUAGCUCGUCUUCUCACCGGAAAAUUCAUAAGUAAAGAUCAGCUUCUAUUUCUUGAUGACUUCCUGGUAAAUAGGAAUUUAAAUUUGGCUGAAAUAAUGUUGGAUUAUGAGCCGAGCUGUAGUCAGCAUACGAAAAGAUGUCGGUAUCAAGAGACCAUUGUACCUUGUGAGGAACUGUUCCAGUCUGAAAUGACUACUUCUGGCACAUGUUGUGUUAUUGAUCCCAAAAAGUGGAAAAACUUAUCAGAAAGUUUUGAAGCUAGAACCCAUACAACUCAGAUAUUGGAUUUUGUGCUACAGUAUACUCAAGGAUCUAAAGACUACGGUUGUGAGCUGAUCACUAUGUAUGACAACGAGGAAGACAAUGGAUCUGACUUCUUACUGCCCGGGAACCUUUAUAUGGCUUACCAGAAGUUUAUUGUUAUUUUCAACAAUCCAGGUCCAGAUAAUUUGAUGGAAAUCACCUGUGAUCGUCGUAAAGGAUAUUCUAUGACUUCAUGCAUGUUAAAAUGUGUCGAAAUGUUUUGCGGCUGUCGAGAUCCUUUUUCUCCAGAGGUCAAUGAUGAAACGAGUAUACUGCCAAUAUGUCCAGUCACACGACUGCAAUGCGUUAGGGGCACUAAAUCUUCGCUCGGUGGUGUUUUCAAUAUGUUCCUCGGUGUGGGACUAUUCAGCGCCUUGGAGUUUUUGUUUUUAAUUUUAGUCAAGCUACCUGCGGCAUUAAAAAAGUCAUCUGAAAUGGAUCCUAUUGCUAAACAUGACUUAUCUGUACAGCGUCAGCAGUCCCAAUAUCCGAAAAACGAAAUUUUUCCUUAUAGAGAUAGGCAGAGGCAUAAACAGUUCGCUGGAUUUGAGCCUUAUUAA